CAGCUACACAGAGAGCUGCCCAUCUCAGAGAUACAGACAUGGCACCGACAGUCACGGCAGCAGUGAUCUAUUCUCAGGAGCACCUCACUCUGGACAACAAGCUGAGGAAGCCGAUGGUGGAGAAGAUGCGCAGAGAUCGCAUCAACAGCAGCAUCGAGCAGCUCAAGUCUCUCCUGAGCCAAGAGUUCCUCAGUCAGCAUCCCGACUCCAAGCUGGAGAAAGCCGACAUCCUGGAAAUGACAGUUAAUUUCCUGAGACAGCAACGCCAUCACCAGCCAGUGAUCACCUCGUCCUGUGCAGCAGCUGAAAAUGAGGGCUUCUUCAAGUGUGUCCAAGAGAUUGUGGGUUUCCUGUCAAGGGAAGAUGUGAAGACACAGUCCCAGAUGAGACUCCUGAGGCACUUCCAAACCAUGCAGUCUUCCUCUGGUAAAAGCAGGGCUGACAGUGACUCGUCUUGCCAAAGUUCACCAGCUCGUCAUACAGCUAUUAAAGAGAAGACACCAGUCAACAGCGCCCUCUGGAGACCAUGGUGAACUCCAACAGACAGGAGCUCAGACAAACAGAACUGAACAUGUUGAUCUAUGAUGAACAGUUGUUCUAAAAGUGUAGGGAGUUGUUUCUUCCUCUUCUGCACAUGCAGGAGACAUUUGUUACUACCUUAUUUGAAUCAAAUAUUAAGCUUUGAAUUUUUAGUACUAUCGCAAAUGAAGCAGGUUAAAUAUUUAACAUUCCUGUUAUCCCACUUUUGGUAAACAUUUAGAACAUGAAUGAAAAUAAAUGUGUUAACACUGAAGAUUCAGUGUAAUGGGAUUUUCUUCAGUUAUCUUAAUGCCAUGUCCUGUUUUGAUUCAUUUUCAUACAUUCGAUAUUGUAAGGUAAUGUCAUGUAAAAUGUUUAUAAGACCAUCUCCACCAUUCUUAGUGUGGCUAUUUAAAAAAUAUUAUUGUAUAAUCGUUUGUGUUAUACUGACCUGUCAGAGUGACGUGUAUAUUACACUGGAGUUUGAAGGGUCUCAGUGUCUACUGAAAUUGUAGUGUGUAAACCACAUGUGAUAAAAUGUCUUUUAUAAAGAUAAAAUUAUUUACUUGAUUAGCAGAGUCAUAACUAUCCCUGUUCUUACGUAUCUCACUGUAUGAGAAGUGAUUUCAGUUCCUUUCAGUGAAGGAGAUGUUAAUGUGUGAAUGACAUUUGUUGAAGAUGUAUAUAUAUUAAAAAAAAAAUUGUUAUUCA